GUGGUGUGUGUGUGUGUGUGUGAGAGAGAGAGAGAGAGAGAGAGAGAGAGAGAGAGACUUUACUAUUUGCGUGAGUUUUAAAAGAUUAGAAGUUUUUGUUUCACUUCAUUCGGUUGGUAAACAAAGAGUAGUUAGUUAAUGUUGUAAAAACAGCUAGUGCAAUGACUACGCCAGCUGCUCGCCUUUUCAGUAAACUAGAUGGUCUGUUCGCUGUGUAUAAACCUCAAGGAGUUCACUGGAAACUUGUCAGGGACACGGUAGAGACAAACCUUCUGAAAGUGGUUAAUUCUUGUCCUGCACCUCCCCCACGCUGUAUGGUCCAGUUUCAGCUUUUACAGAGUGGAGACUGCAGCAGCUCCAACCAGCUCACUGUCACCAAGUCCAGUCUGCCUGCUCUGACUGAUCAUCCUCUGGUGACAGGACCAAGGUUUCAUAAGAUCCGUGUUGGAGUUGGCCAUCGAUUGGAUGCAUUUUCCUCUGGAGUAUUAGUUCUAGGUCUGGGCAAUGGAAACACUGCCUUGGAGAGUCUAUACAGAUCACAUGUGACCAGGGAAUACAUACUUGAAGGCGAGUUUGGAAAGUCCACUGAUGAUUUCACUCACACUGGACGAGUUAUAGAGCGAAGCACAUUCGAUCAUGUUACAAAUGACAAGCUAGAGAGAGUGUUGGCAAUGAUCCAGGGAGCCAAUCAGAAAGCUUUAAUAACGUAUUCUCAGAUGGAUCUGAGCACUCAGGAGGCUUAUGAGCUGGCAGUGAAGGGGCUGUUGCGUCCACAGGAUAAAAGUCCUCCCAUUUUAACUGGCUUACGGUGUCUCAGCUAUAAACCACCUCAGUUCAUACUGGAGGUUCAGUGUGUGAAUGAAACCCAGCGAUACCUUCGGAAACUGGUGCAUGAGGUGGGGUUGGAACUGCGUACUAAUGCAGUCUGCACCAAGGUGCGUCGCACACGGGAUGGUCCUUUUAAAAUGGAGGAUGCCCUGACUCGCCACCACUGGACUACUGAAGACAUUAUACCAGCCAUUGCUAGCUUCCGCCGUACUACCCGGAAAAUCCGGAAGAACGACUCUUACAGAAAAGUUGUCAAGCAGUCAGAUUCUACCACACAGACUCAAGCCCAAACAAGGACUAGUACUUGUAAGUUAGAGUCUGUUAACCAAGAGAAAGCAGGAUCACUGAAUCCUUCAGAAACGUCUGUUGACGCCAAGCAAUUCUAAUGUCCCUUAAUAUUGAAGGUGGAUAAAAACCCAGUUAUACCAUGGUGGAGAUUUAUUUUCCGACAUAUUUAUUAAAUGAUAUUUAUUAAAUGAUAUUUGUUCAACAUAUUUGUUGUUGUGUGUUGUUAAAUAGGAGGGUGAGUCAUAAAACGUUAAAAGUGCAACAUUAAAAAAAAUAAAUACAGGAACUGGAAUAUUUUUUUCUAGAGGAAACUGAAGAGCUGGAACACUUGCAUAGAAUGAAAUGGAGAUUAUAUUGAAGAAUGUUGCACUUUUGUCACUAUUUGUAAUAACCAAAGCAAAAUAAAUAAAAUUUUCAUUUGAUUCAUCCUCAUGUGUGAAAUGCUGACCAUUAAAGGUUUUUUUUGUUUUGUUUUGUUUUUUGUACCUAACGAAAAAAAACUAAUUUUUUCUUGUGUUGUAUCUUUAUACUUGCACCAUUCAAAUGAAUGGUCUAUCUGCAGUUAAAGAUAUGUUUUGACAUCAUACUGGGAAUAAAAACAUCAAACUGCAUACAGUCAUGUCAAGAAAAUUGUCUUACAAUUUAAAUGUAGGCCUGUUUAGUUGUGCUCCCUGCCUGUGGAUUAUGUAUGGAUAAUUUUUCCUGUGUCACUUCAUCUUGUUGUAUGUAUGUUGUAUUAAUAAGAUAAACAAGACAUUUGUUGACAAA